AUGUGUGGAAUCAGCGCCGUCCUUUCACUGAGAGCGUACCCCGCACAAUCGAACGAUGAACAGUCGUCAUGUCUUAAUGAACAGCUCAGCAAGAGCCUGGAUCUUAUUCAACACCGUGGACCUGAUGCUCGUGGAGAAUGGGCCAGCGAUGAUGGCAACGUUUACCUGGGCCACGUUCGACUUUCCAUCGUCGACCUCAGCCCGCAGGCAAAUCAGCCAUUCCAUGAUAGUGAGAAUGACGUCCACGCGAUUGUGAACGGCGAACUGUACAACGACGAAUACUAUCGAAAGCUCCUGGGCAGUGAAUAUGACUUCCAAAGUCUAAGCGACUGCGAGAUUGUCUUGGCUCUCUACAAGCACUACGGUUUAUCCUUUCUGUCACAUCUUCGGGGAGAAUUUGCUUUGAUCUUGUGGGAUUCCCGCAGAAAGAUAUUCAUUGGCGCCAGGGACCGGUAUGGAGUCAAGUCGCUCUACUACACUGUUGUAAAUAACCGACUUCUUGUGGCAACUGAAAUGAAAUGUUUCCUCCCGUUUGGAUGGAAGCCGGAAUGGGAUGUCCAAAGUCUCAGGGAGCGCGGAUGGAUGUUUGGAGUUGGGACAAUGUUCAACGGGGUCAAAUCGGUUGCCCCGGGGCAUUAUAUUAUAAGCAGAAGUUUCAAGGCUAUUGAGGACGCGGCUUACUGGGAGAUCGAGUAUCCAGAGAAGAGGACUCCUGAGCUUCGGUCAGAAGUUGAGAUGAUCGAAGGCGUUAGGGCCCGCCUGAUGGAAGCUAUCAAAGUUCGCCUUAGGGCCGAUGUACCGCUAGGGAUUUACCUUAGUGGUGGCCUUGAUUCCUCCGCAGUGGCCGGCAUGGUAGCUCAUCUCGUUAAGGAGGAAGGAGCUCGUCUUGGUAAUGAUGAUAGCCAUCUUCUUUCACGAAUCAAAUGCUUCACGGUGCAAUUUGAAAAGGAUAGUGAAGAGGAUGAGUCUGAUAUUGCACAGCGUACCGCUGAAUGGCUCGGUGUUGACUUCCACCCGGUCUCUGUCAAUGAGGAUGUUAUCGUUUCCAAAUUUGAGGAUACGGUUUGGCACAGUGAAAUGCCCAUACCAGACACAAAUGGCAUGGGAAGACUCGCCAUGGCCGAGGUCGCUAAAUCGCACGGCAUCAAAGUGAUAUUAACAGGAGAGGGAUCUGACGAGCAUUUUGGAGGAUACAGAGACUUGUUGGGCGAUUUCUUGCUUGAAAAUGAUCCUUCAUGGCCCUCCUCGCCAUCCAAGGAAGAGAUCGCAGAAUUAGCAAACAGACUCAAACUUAACCUUAGAACACUGGCCAUCCCGGCAGAUGAAAAGGGGGUACCCGAGUCGACGCGCCGAAUGCUUAACAAUACCUCAAUUCUUAAUUUCAUCGAAACUCUCGGCCGCAUGCCCUUCGCUGAAUGGACAGACAUACACGCAGUCACGUCCCCUUAUACUGCGGCGGCAGAAAGCCUGGAUGGGCGAGUUCGGGACGCUAUGUUGAACCGUUGGCAUCCACUUCAUACAGCGGAGUAUCUCUUUAUAAAGGGCUGCCUCUGCAACCUACUCCUUCGAUAUCUCGGUGAUAAUAUCGACAUGGUCCAUAAUGUUGAAACCAGACCUCCGUUUCUAGACCACCAUCUAACAGAAUAUGUCAACGGCCUACCGCCUGGUCUGAAAAUCAAAAUUUCAUCGCCAGAUGGACCUGUGACGGAGAAGUUUAUUCUGCGAGAGGCGGUGCAUCCAUUCGUCACUGAGGAGAUAUAUACACGGCAGAAGAAAUCGUACCUUGGACCGACGAGAUUUCAGGAAAAUGGGCCACUUCAUAAAUUGGUCCUCCGCCUGACUUCGCGGGAGAACGUGGAUGCCCUUGGAUUUGUGGACUGGGAAGAAACACAGGAACAUGUGCGGAAGGCAUUUCAAGAUAAGAUCUCGUGGUCUUUGCGAGUCGCGCUCAGUGUUUGUCAAUUUGUGGUGCUCUCGCAAAGAUUCGGAGUUACUAGAGCCACUCCUUGA